CGUCACGAGUCGCGACGGUCACUGGAUCAACGACCACCCCGACGACCACCAACAGUACCGGCGCAGUCAUUACCAGAAUGUCUACCUCCUUCAUGCCUUCCGAUGUCAUCGACAUGACAAAGGAAAAGAACUGGCCUGCGAACCUCGGAAUGCUUGACUGGGACAACACUAAUAUCAUCUUUACAAAACGAUCUCUUAUUGAGUUCCUCAAGUAUACCGGUACCACUGUGGACACCAACUUUACCAAUGUCCAAAAGCUACCUCGUUAUGCGUCCUUUGGCACGUUCUCUCCGCCGCUCGACCAGCUUGAUGCUGAAGCCGCAGCAUCUCCCUCGGCAUCUCCACCCAUCGAACAAACUGACGUGUUCAAGCCUACGCGUCGCGUACGAACUGUCCCCGGUGGGCCACACACUGAUAUCUUCGGCAAUGACUUCCAAGAUCAAGAGGAUGCUCUAGCCUCAGCCCCGCAAAAAGAAUCGCAACAGGUUGAAACAUCCGAACAACUAGUCUCCUCGGUCCCUGCGGAGGAACAGGAGUAUGGAAUCCCAUUCACAUCGACUGUCAAGCCCAGCCGACGAGUAAGGACUGAACCCGGUGGAAAGAGCUCAUUUGGCAGCUUCUGGGGUGCAGAUCCAGCUCCUGAGGAAUUUAAACCAACCCGCAGAGUUCGUCAAGGACCCGGAGGUCAGGACAACAUCAAUGAUCUCUUUUGAAUUCGUCUGUAAUCCAUGUAAAUGCCUUGUGACAAUUAAGGUCUAGUCCACCUCGUUGUACCUGCAUGGCUUACACAUGUGGCCUUCGUCCAUUAUCAGUAAAUACCAUUUCCGACGCCUCCAUACGCUGUCCCAAUCUUUGUCAGGAGUCAGCCCUAUGAAUCGGGAAUGGAAUUUUCAGUUUGAGGAUAGCUGAU